UAAAGCCCCGCCCACUGCUUGGACUGUGCAAGAUCUUGGCUUUUCUCGUGCGGCUUACCUAGGUGUCUGCUGUGCGUUUUACUAGCGCUGCUAUCAUGCCGGGCCUGCUGUUGGGGGACGAGGCGCCCAACUUCGAAGCGGAGACCACCCACGGCCGGAUCCGCUUCCACGAGUUCCUGGGAAACUCAUGGGGCAUUCUCUUUUCUCAUCCACGGGAUUUCACUCCGGUCUGUACCACGGAGCUUGGCCGAGCGGCAAAACUGGCACCAGAGUUUACCAAGCGCAACAUUAAAAUGAUAGCCCUCUCCAUAGAUGAUGUCAAAGACCACCUCUCUUGGAGCAAGGACAUCAACGCCUACAAUAAAGAUGAGCCCACAGAGAAGCUCCCCUUUCCAAUAAUUGCAGACUCCAAGCGGGAGCUUGCGAUUCAGUUGGGGAUGCUGGAUCCAGAUGAGAGAGACAAAGACAACAUGCCUCUGACUGCCCGCGUUGUAUUUGUAUUUGGUCCAGACAAGAAACUCAAACUUUCUAUCCUGUAUCCAGCGACCACUGGAAGAAACUUUGAUGAGAUUUUGAGAGUCAUUGAUUCCCUGCAGCUAACAGCUGCAAAGAAAGUUGCCACACCAGUUGACUGGAAGCCUGGAGAUGAAGUAAUGGUAAUUCCGAGCUUAUCAGAUGACGAGGCCAAGAAGCUGUUUCCUGGAGGAAUUUGCACUAAAGAACUCCCGUCAGGCAAGAAAUACCUUCGUUACACCUCUCACCCAAAAUAGCAACAGUGAAGAGGGGUUGAGCAAACCAAGAUGCUGAUCACGGGGGCUUUUUAGAACAGGCUGAACAACUGCUGUGUGAAGGUGUGCUGGAGAAAUUGUUAAGGUUGGAAUCAUUGAGGGCCUUCUCAUUAGUCUCUCCUUGAAAAGUGGUGGCUGAAUCUCUUUGGCGUGGCAUAAUUUCAGCUAGCCGUUAGGUAAAAGUUGCUUCUCUUCUUUCACGUGAUCAGAUAUCUAGGUUCUAGUGGGUGACCAGAGUCUGCAAUACUGUACUAACUGGCAGUUUAUUAUUUACUUCUAAACUUUCACUUUCCUGUUCUUUGGCCACAUCAUCCACUGUCUCCUCGGCACUACAAACUUGCGAGCGGACACUAAAUUCCCUUGCUGCCAAAUGUUUCCUGAUUGGGCAGAGAGAAGAAUCUCGCCCUUAAAGAAAGGUUGUGAGAGUUUUUGGGUACAAUUCACCCGAGAUAAACAAGAGUGCAUUUUUUUCCACAGAAGGAAGUUUGUUCCAUUAGCCAUGUGCCUUUAUUACAAUGAAAUGGACCUACUUUAUUAAUUAAAGUCUUACAGGAAAACUUGUGUUCCUUAUGCAGAUGAUAUAUUGGAGAUGUGAAGCAGAUAAGUUUUACUGAACAGUUUAACAAUUGACCCUGUAUCCUUUAAGUUUGUAAUCAUGCACCUUCACUCAUAAAAUAAAACUAGCCCCUGAAAUGCC